AUGGGCCUGACGUGGCUGCUGCUUCUCGGGCUGCUGGAGCCCGUCUGCCCAGCCGGGGCCCCGGGGGGGCGGGCGCGGCGUGAGGCGGCCGGGCGGGGCGGGGUGUACGAGCACCUGGGGGGGGCACCGCGGAGGCGCAAACUCUUCUGUGCCACCGGCUUCCACCUGCAGCUGCUGCCCAGUGGGCAUGUCAACGGGAGCCUGGGACACAGCGUCUGCAGCAUCCUGGAGAUCACUGCGGUGGAGGUAGGCGUGGUGGCCAUCAAGGGGCUGUUCUCCGGGCGCUACCUGGCCAUGGACCCGGGGGGCCGGCUCUACGCCGCGGAGCACUUCGGCCCCGAGUGUGAGUUCCAGGAGCGGCUACAGGAGCUCGGCUACAACACCUACUGGUCGCGGCUGUACCGCGGGGGGCGCGGGGGGGCGCGGGGCAGGGCAGGGGGUGAGGGGCGGCCGUGGUACGUGUCCGUGAACGGCAAGGGCCGGCCCCGCCGAGGCCCCCGCACCCGCCGCUCACAGAAGUCCUCGCUCUUCCUGCCCCGCGUGCUGGAGCCCGCCGACCGGGAGCUGCUGCGGACCCCGAGGACCCCCGGGGGGCGCCCCUGCCCAUAGCCGCCAGGCCCUCCGCCUCCCUGGGACUCUGGAGCCCACCUUCCCGGCCCCAAGAUGCCCCAGGAUGCCAGGGGAAGAGUCCUUGGCACUGAGGGGCAGCCCAGCACGGGGGGGGGGGGCAGCAUUAAAGUGUCUG